CUUGGUCCAUCCCUGCCACUUUCCUACUUUCCCUUCCUACUUUUCCCUGCUUUUCGCUCAGAGCUGGUCUCUGCUAGUCUUUGCCUCAAGUUCUUUUCAAGCAAAACUUGCUUUCUACCUAAACCAAAUGCGGUCUCCUUUUCUCAACUUUCUCGUCCUGUCCAUGGCACUCAGUUUCACGAGUCUGCUCGUCAAAGCCGUCGCUCUUCCGCAAUCCCGCGUGCAGUCACCUGCUCCUAAAUCUGCACCAGUCAUGGGAUAUCUUUUUUUCAUGAAUCAAAAGGAUGCUCAAGCUUACGAGCGACUUGGUGGAUUUCCCCCAAGUCUUGGAAAGUAUACAAAGACUAUCUAUCCCGGCCCUACAAAUCCGUCUCUCUCGGACGGUGUCCGCGGGUGUAAAAUUCACGAUACGCAUGGAUUGAUAAAUGCUGCCCGAGAACAACGUGCCCUACACUACGAUUCUAGCAGAAUCAUUACCAAAGAGGAGCAGGAAGUCCUUGUUGGAGCUGGGCCGAUACCGCCGAUACUGUUCCGUGACAUUCAGCUUGGAAUUACGGAUCCUCCGAAAGCAAACCUCGUAAUGCAUAUACCCAGCGAGUGGAUCCAGCGCUAUCCUCCGACUUUGAAAUGUGGUCUACUUACGGAUGCGAGGACAAGUGAGAGCAGACCCACAGUCAAUUUUUUCGAGUGGGGUAUCGAGGGCUUGCCCGAGAAAUUCAAGAAACAUUCCAACUUUUAAAGGUUUAUAUCUUCCACGCCGUCUUGUAGAUUGGUUGACUACAUUAGGAAGUACUGAAGUGCAGAAUCUGAAGGAAUCUGAGGGAAUCUGGUGCUCCACUGCCAGUAUACAUAGUACUUAUUCAAGUUAUUGUAACUUGCCUGGAACUUCGUUUGAAUUUGAGAUAUGCGCUGAUACGCGAUCGAUUCUUCACUGCAUUGAGGAUAGGAUAUUUCGGAUGGAUGUCAC